ACUGAAAGCCCAAAAUCAUCUCUCUCGGUAGAGUCUGUCUCUUCGUUUGCUCUUACCGGCGUCGGAUCUCGCCGAAACCUCCUCCGUGUAACUCUUCAUCUGUAAGUCUCCACCACUAUCAUUAGCUCCUUUCACGUCAUUAAUCUAAUCUCUCCCUCGUUGCCUGAGCAUGAAUCCGGCGAGUUACCAGCCUCCGUUCCACUGGGCUCCGAUGCUACCUCCGGAUCCACCUCGCUGCGGUGCGUUCUGGAACACCAAGAACAUAACCGAUCAGCUCAAACAGCUCCAAGAUACAAUCCGCCUCGCAAAAUCAAUGGAGAAGGAACUAGAUGCAUUGAGGAUGAUCAAAGAAGGUAAAGGAUCAAUGGAAACUGUGGAGGGAGGCUCAGGAGGAGUUGAGUGUUUGAGGAGAUGUUUAGAAGUUGUGAAGGUUGAUUUGGAAGAGCAGGAGAAGCUUUCAGUGGAAGCUGCUAACUCCUUGAUGUCUACGUUAAGAGCACAGCUUGAGCCUUUUAGGUUUGUUGUUGACGAGAAUUCUCCAUGGGAGGAGAAGUCUGCGGCGGUGAGAUUGAGUUGUAGGAUGAAGAAGUCUAAAAGGAAUAAACUUUGGAAGAAGAAGAAGAGACGUUGCCUUGCAGAGAUGCGAGCUAAGGAGCCUGAAAGAUUUGAACAAGCUGAUCGAGAGGCUGAUGAAUGGAGGGAAAAGGAAAUGGCCAAGGACAUGGCUAACAAAAAGGUUGAUGAGAUGAAGGCUAUUGAGAAGGUCAAGGCGAAACGAGAGCGAAGGAGAUUAGAACCGGAGCUUGAACUAGCUCUAAUCGUUGAGGAAAUGCAAGAGUUGCGUUCGCUAAGAAUCGAAAAACUGAAGAAGCAAGGUCAUUUUCUUCCGGAAGAAGAUGACAAGUUCUUCGAGAGUGUUCGAGCUGCGGUGGAGCAAGAGGAGAAUCAAGCUCAGUCUGUAAUCAACAUGGAGAUCGAAGAGAAUGUCAUUCCCUCCGAGGAAGGCACUACUCAAACCACCGGUAACGAAAUCAUCAACAAAGACAUGGAUAAAGAAAGCAAUGAUGUCGCAGCAGCGUCUUGUGAAAAGACAGUAGAAGCUCCUCCUCCUGACAAAGGUGUCGACAAUGUGUCUAAUUUACCGGUCGAGUGUUAUCAUUAUUACUACGGAAGCAAUUUGGACAUGGGUAGACUUAUUGAGAUCAGAAGAGAAUGGGAUGCAUAUCUGAGUCCCGGAGGAAGGUCUUGUUUCUUAUACAGCCGGAUUCCUGGACAUUGGGUACAGCCAUCACCACCAGCCGAUGAGAUUUGGGCUUCUUGUCUUGUUAAAAACUCCAAAGAGUGAUCUUAGUUAGUAGCCGGUCGUAUUCUAGGAGACAGGACAAUGUUAAUCUUAGCUAACUCGAGUUCCAUAAAUAUUGUUGCUUGAGAAAUCUUGAGUUAGUGUCGAUCCUGUUUUAAAACAUACAAACUCAUUGAUAACGAUUGUUAGUUUGAUGAAUGGAUUAUCUGAGACAGGACAA